UCCCCGCCGCCCGGCCCGGCCCCGCUCCCGGCCAUGGCCCGGCGCUGCGCACGGCGGAGCCGGUCCGGCCCCGCGGAGCCGCUCCCGGAUGCCCCCGUUCCAGUGGUGCCACGGGUGCUCCUGCAGUCUGGGGCUGAUUUAUACCAGUAAACCCUGCACGAUGCCCCCCAUCACGUUUCAGGACCUGCCACUCAACAUCUACAUGGUCAUUUUCGGCACCGGCAUCUUUGUCUUCGUGCUCAGCCUCAUCUUCUGCUGCUACUUCAUCAGCAAACUGCGGCACCAGGCGCAGAGUGAGAGAUUCGGGUACAAGGAGGUGGUUUUGAAAGGCGAUGCCCGGAGGUUGAACGUGCACGGGCAGACCUGUGCCGUCUGCCUGGAGGACUUCAAGGUGAAGGAAGAGCUGGGGGUGCUGCCGUGCCAGCACGCCUUCCACCGAAAGUGCCUGGUGAAGUGGCUGGAAGUGCGCUGCGUGUGCCCCAUGUGCAACAAACCCAUGGCGUGUCCGGCCCAGCCCCGCGCCGGCAUCGGCACGCUGCUGGACGAGAUGGUGUGAGCGGCCCCAGCUGGUUUUCACGGGAAAAAUGAAAGCUUAAUCCUGAAAGAUUCGGGCUCCGUGAGCUGGGAUUUGGCUCACGGUGCGUUGCUUUGUUUCGGGGGGUGUUCGCUUGCACCCCGUCCCAACGCGUUCUGCAGGGACCGCCUGGGCAGAGCGUGGGGCACCGCUGCGAGCCCUGUCCUCCCCCCACUGCAAUGCGCGGGGCGUUCUGUUCCCCGCCUCCCUACACCCCGGACUCUCAGGCUCCUCCCUUUUGGGGGUGAAAUGUACAGGUUUGCGUAACACGGAUUAAACAGAUGUUUGUCAGGGAUGUUUGUCAGUCCGGCUCAACUGCGAGGGCUCGGGCAGGGCAGGAAAUACCAGAGCUCUGCAAUAGCAGCAUUUGAACCCCCCAAAUUUCCCCGAGCAAAACCCAAACCGGUCAAGCUCUCAUUGCUCUCCCACAACCCAAAAUCUACAAUAACAAAACACCGCUGCUCUAUCUAACACUGGAGCCCUCCGGCGCUCAGAUGGGACUGUGCACGUCGUAACACAGGGCGCACACAUCACGCAGCCGCGUGCUACUCCCAUUCAUCAUUUGCUUUGAACCGGAAGGAUCGGAACGUCUCUCCCAGCGCCCGCCCCUACUGCUGCACCCCUCACCC